CUUGAAAACUUGCAACUUUAACCUACAGUAGCCAAGCUUGCUGAUCUGGUAUGACAACUAGCUUGUGGUAGCAUACAAAUAUUAACUUCAGGUGGAAAUUAAACGAUAUCAAACUGAGUUAGUUCACUGCCUGUGCAACUCUUUUAUACUUGUGCCACUCCUUCUCUACAUUUCAUUUUUUACUCUGUCUCUCUGGGUCAAGCUCGAGCCGCACAUCAGUUUGUGAGGCUCAAGUUGGGGGAUCUACCUGUUAGUAAUUUCUAAAGCUUUAAAAAGGUGAUGUCGAUCACUAUGGACUUUACAGAUUUGUGGGGCACUCUGGAUCCAAACGUCCACAACAAUCAGACGCACUACGUCGCGGAUCCAAAGACAUCACCAUGCAAGAUGACACUUCUUUCUCCAACAGCAGCCAUGACCAUGUGUAUCAUUCUUAUCGUCAUCUUUUUACUCGCAAUACCAGGGAACCUUCUGGUCGGGUGGGUGAUUGGCACCAGCAGGCAGUCGCUUACGCCAUCAGAUGUGUACUUGAUUCACCUGACGGUAGCAGACGGUUUGAUGGCGCUUACGCUUCCAUUCUGGGCUGUAGCGAUCGUCCAAGGUUGGCUCUUUGGAGACUUCAUGUGCAAGUUCUUGAAUCUUGUCAUUGAAGCGAACUUCUACACCAGCAUCCUCUUCUUGGCGUGUAUCAGCAUUGAUCGCUAUCUUGUGAUUGUGCGUGCUAGCGAGAGUUUGCAUAGUCGUCAGAGGAUGUGCAGCUGGAUCCUGUGUGCGGCGGUUUGGGCCCUUGGUUGGGCGCUCGCUCUACCUGCGCUCUUCAAUGACGCCUCCAAGCUACCCUCCGACCCACUGAGGAUGAUUUGCUCUGAGAACUUCGACAUAGGCAGCGCCUCAUCCUGGCGGCUAGCUACGCGUGGCUUCCGUCAUAUUUUUGGCUUCUUCCUCCCUUUUGGCAUCAUGGUCAUCUGCUACAGCGUCACAGUCACCAGGCUGUUGCGCGCACGAGCUUUCCAGAAGCACCGCGCCAUGAAAGUGAUCAUCGCCGUGGUGAUUGCAUUCCUGCUGUGCUGGACGCCGUACCACAUCACCAUGAUGGUGGACACGCUCAUGAGGGCCAAGGUGAUAUCCUACAACUGUGCCCUGAGGAGGUCAGUGAACCUAGCUGUGGUUAUAACCAACAGUAUAGCUCUGCUGCACAGCUGCAUCAACCCGGUGCUCUACGCCUUCGUGGGAGAGAAGUUCAGGAAGAGGAUGGCUAACCUUCUUCGGAGGAAAGUCAGACAGGAGAGGAUCUUUCGGUCAAAAUUCAGCAGGUCGACUUCUCAGACGUCUUCAGAAGGCACAGGAGCUGUCCUCUAAACCUCACCACCCUUGUCAUGGGUCAUGUUUUCUAAAUGUUUCAAAUUAAUUGAUAUGUAAAAAAUGACCUGAGGUCCAUGUUUAGGGUUGAUGAGGGCCCCCGGGCCGCCAGUUGCCCACCCCUGAUCUACAUUGUCUAUACCAGUGGUUCUCAACUCGUCUAGCCUCAGGACCCACCACCAACUCCUCAGUGAAAAAUCACAACCCCUAAAUUUCGGAUAUUUUCCGACCAAUCCGAUUCAUUUCAUUGAAAGAUUGUGGAGUUUGGAUCUCAGUCAGUACAAAACAUGUGACAGAAGCAAGAAACUGAACAAAACAAUCAUGUUUCAAAAGCGCAUCACAGACAUUUUUACACAAGCUUUUUUCCAGGCUUACAUUCUCGACCCACUGAUAAUGGCUCCGCGACCCACCUCUGGGUCCCGACCCACCAGUUGAGAACCACUUCUCUAUACCAUAUUUUAUCCCGAUGAAAUGGAACUACAAGAGAAUCUAACUGCACUGGAACAUGAAAUAAACAAUUAGAAGAUAGAAGGGCGGGGCAUAACGUUGGGAAGAAUUUGAUUGGAUUUUAAUUGGUUGAAUAAUGUGUAAAUGAUGAGUCAUCAGACAUUUGAAACGUUUUACAGUUAUUUGAUUUAUAAAUACUCAGAUGAUGCUUUUUUAAAAUCUAUUUGGCAGAUAAGUGAACAUUCAACACAGGAACGCCACAUUGAAACCAGGGACAUUUAUUUUUCAUUUCAUGGGGACUUUCAUGGAUGCACUUCCCAAUCACAACAAUUUAAAAUUCUUAAUCCAAACAAAGGUUAAUGAUGCAUUUUCCUUCUUUUCUUUCUGACUACAACUUUUGAAGCAUCAUAUAACUGAAUGUAAAUUAAAUGAUUGAUCACAGUGCAAGUCCUUUUUGUGUCUAUUUACUGUCUGUCAUUCUGGUUUAUGUGGCACACUGCUGCCAUCUGCUGAAUGUUUCUUAGUCAGCAUCUACUCUUUACUCUACCUUUGUUUAUUUAGCCUGUGAGUUAAGCCUUUUUGUUAUCAUAUCUGUCUAUUUAUAUAUGCUGUGUUUCUUUG